GUUCUUUACAUAAGAAUUGCUGAUAACGAAGACAAGGAAGCCAUUCGGCGAAAAGGGUGUGUGUAGGUGGCACCAAUCCAGUGUGCCCGGCGGCACAGCGCAUCAAAUUUCGACCAGCAUCCUCCAAUCCAACUCCGAGGUUUCCCGCCAAAGUCCCCUCCUGCCUCAAAAAAAGCCCCUGAAGGAAGGAUUCAGGAAUCAGGAAUCGGGGUUUUAGCUUAUGCAAUCAACUCAGUGGGGCAAAUUAUUUCUUCUGCCGUCAUGCUGACAUGGCGCGUUUCUAUGCGUUUAAAACUUACCGAGGCAGUAUAGCCCCGCCAACCAGCUAUACCGAACCCACCCCACGAAACAUAUCUCCGCGAGUGAAGGGUUUACCCAACCCGAAACGGCAUGCGGGCCCCAAUGGGUUUGUUUUGUUUUGCCCCGGGCAGCCUGCUUGCCUGAUUUGCGAAGGGCUCUAGUCUAGUUAGUUGUAAAUGGAAGAGCCAAGGUUGCAUGUAUGGCAAAGGCCGAAGUGAGGGCCACCGUACUCCGUCGGUUAUCAGCAGGUUUCACACUCACCAUGAUAACGCAGCUUCUUUUCUGAUCAAUAUCCGCAUUGAAGAAGCGAGGACGUGCACCUUUACGAUCGCCGGCGUGUUUCCGGAAUGAGCAUGGCCAAAUGCCACAACUAACCAUUCAACGCGGGGGAUUCGUGCGAACCAGACUCGGAGUGACAAGAGUUGAUCACUAACGUGCGGGGUCGUCAGCUCGGAGUGCAUUGCUCUGUACGACCAUGGCCGAAGCAAGCAAAUCGCAUGGCUUCGCCAAGGGACGCUGGCUCGCUCUCAUUGGCUCAAUGUGGUUGCUCGCGUGCGCCGGAAACAGUUACAACUUCGCCAUUUAUUCCCCAACCAUCAAGGACGUGCUGGGGUACAACCAGCAGGCCAUCACCACGCUCGGAGUGGCCAAGGAUCUGGGCGACAACAUGGGGCUGCUGGCAGGGCUGCUGGCGGACAUGGUGCCGCCCUGGCUCGUCAUCGCCCUUGGCACUGCUCUGGGCUUUGUGGGCUACGGUGGUCUGUGGCUCGUGCUCAGCCAGAGGAUAGCUGCACCCCCCUUCUGGCAGGUGUGGUGCUUGCUCUGCUGCGCCUGCAACGGGUCCAUCUUCUUCAUCACAGCGGGCCUUGUCUCCUCGCAGCUCAACUUCCCCCACUCAGGGGGCGUGGUGGCGGGCAUUGUUGUGGGCUUCAUUGGGCUGUCAGGCGCGAUAUUUGCGCAGAUCUACUCCGCCCUGCUUGCGCCCAACCCGCCUGCCUUUCUGCUGCUGGCAUGCGUUGGCCCCGCUGCCAUCGGCGUCCUCAGCCUCUUCGUCGUCCGCCUCUUCCCGCCCCCCCCCCGCACCCCGAAGGUGGCAGCAGAGGAGAGCGCCAGUUUCUCUCUCAUCCUGCGCCUGUGCCUGCUGCUAGCCGCCUUCCUCCUCCUCGUCAUCUCCUCCCAAGCCUUCACCACUUUCUCUCCUCGCACAACCACUGCCGUCACCAUCACCAUGCUCCUCCUCCUCCUCGCCCCCGCCUCCGUCCUCCUCCCCUCCCCUUUCUCCUCCUCCUCUUCCACCACCCCUCAGGUCGCCUCUCCCUCUCCCUCACACGAACACGCCCACGGGUCGACCUCCCUCACCCAGCCUUUGCUCCAGUCAUCUUCAGCCACGUCAGCUACAGAGAAUGCACCUGGUAGCGCCAGUCCGAGCAUGCUUCCACCAAUCCGAGAAGGGGAAUCACUCCACGGAGCCAGUGCUCUCCUGCCCUCCUCCCCUCCUCCUACACACCCAACUGCCCAUUCUCUCUCGCCCCAUCUUCCUCCCACCUCCCCUCCCAGCCACGCCAGAACCUCCCCGAUAUCCACCUCCCCCACAUGCGCCUCCCCUUCCGUCCGCCUACCACCUUCUUCCCAAGCACGCACUGGCUCUGCAGCUCAAAACAUUUCUUCCUCGUCCUCUUCAGCGGCAGCAGCAGGAUUAAGAGGGGCUGGAGCCCUCUCAUUCGUCAGCCCUAAUAGGUCUGGCGACAUGCCGAAGCUAGGUCUCAGCAGCAGCAUCACCGCAGCCGCCCAUGCCAGCAGCUUCGGCACACACAGCAGCGUAGGCUCAGCAACCCUCAUGCAGCUGCUCCUGGGCACGUCUGCUGACUCCCGAACCAACCGAAGCGAUACAGGCAGCCAGCCCAGGUCCGGUAUACUCGAUAUAAGCAGCCCCUCUGGUAGCAGACAGCCGCACGGCGUUUCCCGCAGUGAGAGCUUACGCAGUGCUGGGGGGUUGCAAAGUGGACAAGAGGAAAGGGAAGAGCUAGGAGAGGAGAGGGGGGAGGGGGAGGAGGGGAGGAGAGGAAGGCAGGUUGUGAGAAAGCGGACAGCAGGAGAGGCGGCAGUCGGAAUCAGUACGACCCCCGAGCAUGGCCCUCGAACCAAUUGGAUGCUGCCACGUGGUAGCCAGAGGAGCCUCAGCAGCCUCACUGAGGAUGGUGACGUGGCAGGUGCGGCGAGUGUGGGAGGGGGAGAGGGGGAAGGGGGGGAGGACGAUUGGAGUUAUUACUUUGGGGAGGAGGAGACCUCCGUUCAUGGGAAGAACGUGUCAAAAGUAGCUGGGAUAUCCUCUCCUAAAGGGGGUUACAGCAGGGGUGGUCAUGAAAACGGGGAAGAUUAUGAGGGGGAUGAGGGGGAGGAGGAGGAGGAGGAGGAGGAGGAGGAGGAGGAGGAGGUGGGGGACGAAGACGAGGACGAUCAAGCCCAGGCAGGCGCAGCAGGUGCAGCUCGUGCUCUAGAUAAUGCAGGGAGGGAGGAAGGGAGGGGAGCAGAGAGGGGGAGGGUGUAUCUGGGGCAGGAACAUUCGUUCUGGCAGGCGCUAUCCACACUUGACUUCUGGCUGCUGUACGGGGGCCUGGUGUGCGGCUUCGGGGCGGGGCUGACGGCCAUCACGAGCCUGGCGCAGAUAGGCGAGGCGCAGGGCUACAGCAACGCGCAGGUGCUCACGUCGCUCGUCAGCAUCUGGCAGUUUCUGGGCCGCCUGGCCAGUGGGUCGCUCUCAGAGCACUUGGUCAGGACUCACGGCAUGCCUCGCCCCAUAGCUCUUGCGGCCAUCCAACUGCUCAUGGCAGUGGGUCACCUGGCCUUCGCCCUCGCCCCCCCUGGCGGCGUCUACCUGGGCUCGCUGCUCAUCGGCUUCACCUACGGGGGCCUCUGUGCUGUCAUGCCCGUCAUUGCCGCUGAGCUCUUUGGGCGGCGCUGCUUGGGGCUGCUCUACAACUCGUUACUCGCUGCUGCUCCUGUCGGCUCCUACCUUUUCUCAGGUGUGAUGGCAGGGUACCUCUACGAGAUAGAGGCGCGGAAAGACCGAGGGGUCAUGGCGGGCUUAGAGGGAGCAAUGCCGUGGUUCCUGCGUGCGGGGGAAGCCGGACACGUGGCCGGGGGGUCUGUGGCGCUCACAGGCGUGCGGAAGACAUUGGGGGUGGUGAUGCUGCCAUCAACAGCAGCGGCAGCUGCAGCAGGGGGGGCAACAGCAGGGGCACAGCAAAUCGGGCAGGGAUGGUGGUUGGGCCAGAGCUGGUUUGGGCAGGGAAUGCGGGAGUGGGUGAGGGCGCGAGGCCAUGCCAGCGCCCUCGCUCCCCUGCCGCUCCUCCUGGAAGCACAGGCAGCCGUUACUGGGGGCAGUGCUGGUGGUGGUGGCAAAAGUGGUGAUGGUGCUGCUGCUGUUGGUGGGGAUGGGGAUGGCCCCAAGUCGUGCCACGGCACGCAUUGCUUCCGCCUCAUAUUCCUGAUCUUGACUGUGGUGUGCCUGGUGGGGGCUGCUGUGAACAUGCUGGUGGCGUCACGCACAGCCCGGGUGUAUGGCCUGAUGAAGCACAGAGAAGGGGGAGCAGAGGAGACGGACGAUACAGGCGCAGCUACAGAUGCAGAUUCGAAAUAUGAUGGCAGAAGAUGACAUCGGCAGUGGUGGCGCUGCUGGGAGCCGCUGAGGAGGGUGGUGAAGUACUUGUGGCGCUGCAUACAGCCAAGGUUCUUGGGUUGAUGAAGCACAGUGAAGGGCGAGCCGAGGAGAUGCAUGGUACAGAACCAGACUUGAAAGAUGAGGUCAGAUGAUGAGCUUGACUGCAGGGUGCCUGCUUUGGGCCCCUGUGAACAUCCUUGUGGCGUAAAAAGAGCAUGCUAUGUUGGGUUUUGCGAAUUGGGUGUUUCUCUGGUGCUCUUUGUUUGUUGGCUAUGUUAGAGUUUGGGUUUGAAGUAAAUCGUCUGGUGUUGUAGAAGACUAAGUAUAAAACUAUAAACACUAACACUUGGCAAAUCCUCAAGUGUUGGUCCAGGAUCUUUGCUGGAAUGGUAGACUAGUAAGACAGCGGAAGUCUUGUAAAAUGUAAAGGUCAAGGUUGAAUAACCUGAGUACGUGAAC